UUUGGAACGGAGCAGGACGCAAUGUCAGAGUUACAGUGAAAUUUUGGCAAAAACGUUUGAUGCCUCGCAAACUUCAUAUUGAAAUCCAACAGGAUAAAAUGGUUGAAUCAUACUACGCAUGUAAUUCAGGAUGUCAGUGAGUAUCUUAAUCCACAGCGGCAACAGCCAGUGUCUGGUCACAUCAAAGAGGAGGAUGAAGAGGUUCAGCGUAUCAAAGAGGAGGAGGAAGAAGUCAUACACAUGAAAGAGGAAGAGCAGGAGGAAAUCAUCCAGCUUCCAUACACUGGUGUUCAUUUGAAGAAUGAAGAUGAAGGUCAAAGUGAGGAGAGACGAGGGGCGGAGCCUUCAGAAUCAGAAUCAGGUUUACUGGCCAAUUGUGUAAAAAGACACAGGGAAUUUUUCUCCGGCAGUCGGUGCAGCCCUGGUAUGACAUUCAGGCCAACCAGGAACAUCUCAAGUGAUGGAGACCACUGUGGAGGGUCACAAACAGACGAUAAUGAUGAUGAACAAGCGGGUGGUGAUAUGACAUGUCACACUACCAACAAAUGCUGGAAAUGUUCUUGGUGUAGGAUAACUUUUGCUUCUAUAAAUAAUUUCAAACAACAUGUGAAAAUCCACACAGAUGAGAAGCCUUUUUCCUGCUCAGUGUGUGGCAAAAGAUUUUCUUUGAAGGCAAAUUUUAAAAUACACACAAGAACACACACUGGUGAGAAACCUUUUUCAUGUCCAGUUUGUGAUAAAAGAUUCACUCGGAAGGGAAAUUUAAAAAUACACACAAGAACACAUACUGGUGAGAAACGUUUUUCAUGUCCAGUGUGUGAUAAAAGGUUCACAGAGAAGGGAAAUUUAAAAAGACACACAAGAGAACACACUGGUGAAAAACCUUUUUCCUGCUUAGUUUGUGGUCAAAGAUUUAAUCAGAAUGGAAGCUUAAAAUUACACACAAGAACACACACUGGUGAGAAACCGUUUUCCUGCUCAGUUUGUGGUCAAAGAUUCACAUGGAAAAAAGAUUUAAAAAGACACACAGGAACACACACUGGUGAGAAACCUUUUUCAUGUCCAGUUUGUGAUAAAAGAUUCACUAAGAAGGGAAAUUUAAAAAGACACACAACAACACACACUGGAGAGAAACGUUUUUCAUGUCCAGUGUGUGAUAAAAGAUUCACUCAGAAGGGACAUUUAAAAAGACACACAAGAACACACACUGGUGAAAAACCUUUUUCCUGCUUAGUUUGUGGUCAAAGAUUCACAAGGAAAAGAGAUUUAAAAAGACACACAAGAACGCACACUGGUGAGAAACCAUUUUCCUGCUCAUUAUGUGGUCAAAGAUUCACUCAGAAGGAACACUUAAAAAGACACACAAGAACACACGCGGGUGAGAAAUCUUUUUCCUGCUCAGAUGUGGCCAAAGAUUCUCUGUGAAUGAAAGUUUAAAAAGACUUAAGAACACACAAGUAAGAAACUAUUGCUUGCUCACUUAGGUCAAACAUUCUCUUCUAAGUGCAGUAAAAACAAGAAGUAGCCCCACCACACACACACACCACCACCUUCCCAUCCACACCCCAGGAAUUUUCAUGUAUGUGUAUCUGCGUACCAGAAUGAGUGAAACAUGUGAAUAGUAUUUAUACUUUACAUAUUUGAGACUAAGAUUACAACAGUAGAUGCUUUUACUCAAAUCUUUGUCAGGUUUAUCACCUGACUUCUGGAAUAAAGUGCACAAAAUCCAACGACAAGAAGAGUCUGUCUCAUGAGGAGCACAUGAGAGACUAGACAGUAACAGUCUCCAACCCCGUUCUGAACCAGCGUCUCGUGUUUUCUUUUUUUUUUUUUAAUUUUGAGAGCGCACAAGGUCAAGAGGGAGGGGUGAGCAAGCAAGUUAACAAAGGCACAUUCUUUGAUAACGAUGUGUGUGUGUGUGUGUGUGUUGGUGAACUUGUCCUUGGCCACUUCUCGGGUGAUCAGGAGUCAGCUGGUGCACCUGUGUGGGGGCUGCGCAUCCUGUAUGUGCCAAGACUCUUCAAAGCAAGGAUAAUACUUUGGCUUUGUAGCAAAUCCAUAAUAAAUAUAUUUACAAUUGAAUCCAAUAGAAUUUUAAUAGAAAUUCUGUUGGACCUGGGUCCUAAAGUUCUAUAGUCUUUAGAAAUUCUUUAGAAAUUUUUUAGCAGGGGUUGCCAUGCCUCACAAUCUUCCAAAAUGGCGACUGAACAGAAUAGGUUUGAUGUGGAUUCUCUAUCGCGUAUUACCGGUAACAUUGAGGUAUGUUUUUUCCCAAUAGCGUUCUACAGAGAGGUCUCAACUAUUUCAUUUGCCAGGGCUGAACCGGCAGGACCAUGACAUUAUGGUACUAAUUAAUUGCCAUCACAGUACGAAUUCGAAUCUAUAGCAUUGAAUUUUUUUAAAUCUAAUGUUACAAAUUCAACGUAUAUAUAUAUUAUACAGUGAAGAAAAUAAGUAUUUGAACACCCUGCUAUAUUGCAAGCUCUCCCACUUCAAUAUCAUGGAGGGGUCUGAAAUUUUCAUUGUAGGUAUAUGUCCACUGUGAGAGACAUAAUUUCAUAACAACAAUCCAGAAAUCACAAUGUAUGAUUCUUUAAUGAUUUAUUUGUGUGAUACAGCUGCAAAUAAGUAUUUGAACACCUGAGAAAACCAAUGUUAUUAUUUGGUACAGUAGCCUUUGUUUGCAAUAACAGAGGUCAAACAUUUUCUGUAGUUGUUCACAGGGUUUGCACACACUGCACGAGGGAUUUUGGCCCACUCCACCACACAGAUAUUUUCUAGAUCGACAGGUUUCUGGGCUGUUGCUGAGAAACACAGAGUUUCAGUUCCCUCCAAAUAUUUUCUGUUGGGUUUAGGUUUGGAGACUGGUAAGGCUUUGCCUGAACCUUGAUAUGCUUCUUACAGACCAACUCCUUGGUUUUCCUGGCUGUGUGCUUCGGGUCAUUGUCAUGUUGAAAGCCCCAGCCACGACCCAUCCACAAUGCUCUGACUGAAGGAAAGAGGUUGUUCCUCAAAACCUCACAAUACAUGGCCGUGGUCAUCCUCUCCUGAAUACAGUGCAGUCGUUCUGUCCCAUGUACAGAAAAACACCCCAAAGCAUGAUGCUACCACCCCCAUGCUUCACGGUAGGGAUGGUGUUCUUGGGAUGGAACUCAUCAUUCGUCUUCCUCCAAACACAGUUAGUGGAAUUAUGACCAAAAAGUUCCAUUUUGGUCUCAUCUGACCACAAAACCUUCUCCCAUGAGUCCUCUGUAUCAUCCAAAUGGUCAUUGGCAAACUUAAGACGAGCCUUGACAUCUGCUGGUUUAAGCAGGGGAACCUUUCGUGCCAUGCAUGAUUUCAAACUAUGACGUCUCAGUGUAUUACCAACAGUCACCUUGGAAAUGGUGGUCCCACCUCUUUUCAUGUCACUGACCAAGUCCUGUCGUGUAGUUCUGGGCUGAUUUCUCAUCUUUCUAAGGAUCAUUGAGACCGAACGAGGUGGUAUCUUGCGUGGGGUUCAACUCCCAUUGAGAUUGACCGUCAUGUUUAGCUUCUUCCAUUUUCUAAUGAUUGCUCCAACAGUGGACCUUUUUUUCACCAAGCUGCUUGGUAAUUUCUCUCUAACCAUUUUCACCCUUGUGGAGUUGUACAGUUUGGUCUCUGGCGUCUUUGGACAGCUCUUUGACCUUGGCCAUGUUACAAGUUUGAGUCUUACUGAUUGUAUGGGGUGGACAGGUGUCUUUAUGCAGCUAACGACCUCACACAGGUACAUCUGAUUCAGGAUAAUACAUGGAGUGGAUGUGGACUUUUAAAUGCGGACUAACAGCUCUUUGAGGGUCCGAAUUUUUAUCUGAUGGACAGGUGUUCAAAUACUAAUUUGCAGCUAUAUCACACAAAUAAAUCAUACAUUGUGAUUUCUGGGUUGGCCUGUAUGUAGGUAUUAAGUACUUCAAGCAGUGAUCAAAGGAGCCAAUGGGUGCACGAGGAAUUGCACAAUAUGCUUUUUUGAUGGAUGUAUAAGAAUGAUCUUGGAUGUUAUUUGCCCUCGUUGGACAUUUAAUGUGCUGCUUAUAUUUGGGGAGUUUGAGGUUAGGUUUAGCUGUGUUAAAAUCUCCUCGGAUCAUGAGCAGCGAAUUUGGGUGUUUUUUUUCUCAACCUUGUUUAUCUGCUCGACGACUUUUGGCAGUGCUGCGUUCAUGCUAGCUUGAAGCGGAACAUAAACACCGACUAAGAUGAAAUAACUCACGCUGUGAAUAAAACGGCUUACAGUACAAAACCAACAACUCUAAAAGCAGGCUGCAGUGUAUGCUGAGCUCAUGUCCAUGCACCAUUUCUCGUUGAUAUAUAAGCAUAUUCCACUGCCUUUUGUUUUCCUGUUAGCUCAGCGACAUGGUCCGCAUGAUGGAGGUGAUUGCGGUGUCAGACACUCAUCCACAAAGCCAAGUCUCCAUGAAGCACAGAGCUGCAGAACCUCCAAAGUUUUGUUCAGAAACUGAAUGAAUUCAGGGUUUUGAUUGUCUCAUGGGCAAAAAAAAAAAAAACCUCUCCUCAAAAAUGUGAAAAAAUUACCCACUCCUGACUUGUAAAAAAUACAGUGAAAGCUUUUUUUUUUGACACUGAUUCACCAGUCGAGCAUUGAGCUGCCUAGCAGUGGUUGUAGUGCCAAUUAUAUACCCUACUGUUGAGCUUACACCUCGACAGAAUCCUACCGUCACUGGCUCUGUGGUGUAGUGGUAGUGUGUCUGACUCCAGAACAGAAGGUUAUGUGUUCAAAUCACAUCAGGGUUGUUUCUUUGGCAUUGUCAUGGAUAUCACAGGUUCUGCUAUAAAUUCACAUGCCAUUCCACUGGAAAGGAUGUAUCAUGGGAUUGGAGCUGAUUGGUUGAGCAUUUGACUGACUUCUGCUUUUGUCAGGAAUGUUUCAUUUUUCACUGAGGAGUAAACUUGAAUUUAUUGGGUGUAAAUCCAAAUAUCAACUUGUUCCAAGUUUGUCGUCAUUCAAAAUUUCACCGUUGAUGUUUGUAUUCGUGAAGCAACUGCUGAAAAUAGCCGAGAAGCGUUACCGUCGCUCAGUCUUCACCACUUUGAGUGUGUUUACGAUGGUCACAAUUGAUAUCAUUUUGACUUUGAACAUUAUUCGUCUGUAACGGGAACGACCCCGACGUGAGCUAAGAAACUUGAGGGUCCGACAUCCUACUUUUACACCAUAGAGGUGACUUUUCAAUAGCUUUGUCCAGGGACCAAGAACAGUGGAAGGGUCCUAAAGCAGAUGUACGGGAGACGUGAGUGUCAGAAGUAAAACAUUACUCACAAUCAGGAAUUUAUCUAAAAUGAUCUAGUGCAGAGGGUAGGCACAAAUCCUUUGAUCCUAACGGUUCUCAAUCAUACACAUUUCACAGCUGUAAUGAAUCAUGAAUAUUAUCUACAGAACUUAGAGGAAGCAGGAUGACAUGGUGGUGUAUCUCAGUGGUGGAACAUUUGACUGCAGAUCAAGAGGUCUCUAGUUCAACUCUGGAUGCCCCCUUCCUGUUGUUCUGUUCAAAGACUGCAUGAAUUUAGGGUUUUGGUCAUCUCAUGAGCAAAAAAGCCUCCUCUCAAAGAUGGGACAAAAUUACCCAGUCCUGACUUGAAUGACAAAUACACUGCAAGAUUUUUUGACUCUGAUUCACUGGUCGGGCUUGUCAGAGACUUUUCUUGGGUGCCGAUUAUAUACCCUAUAAUUGAGUUUAUGGAAUGGUGUGAUGUUGUUGUGCUAUAAUAGGAACAGGAUGUGGAAGUGCACUUUUAUUUUGAAAGCCAGCACUUUCUCUGUCAUUUAUUCUUUUUCGUUCUUUUCAACGUUAUUGUGUGUUUAAAAAUGUUCAUUGUAGGGGGGAAAAUGCCAUUGAAUUGUUGGUGAAAGAUCUUAGAAACAGGAAUUAGGCUGCGUGCUUUAUUUUGAAGCCACACUUAUAGUGUGAUGGGAAGAAAUACUUCCUCUUGUUUGUGAGAUUCCUGGUGGAUGGUACACAUUUUGUUCUCCUCCACAUGUUAUCAUUGUUUUGUUGUAGAAUAUGAAAAUGAAUUAUUUUAAAACAUUUUGCAAAGCGGGUGCUCACAGAGGGCCGGUGUUGAAUGUGUUUCAUCAAUUUCAAACGUAAACUCGCUAGGCGGAGAAGUGAAGACGUUGUUGAGGUCCGUGUGUGUCGUUGGGCGACCAUGUACUUUGUGUGGUGUGAAUGAGUAUUAGCAGAAGCUGCAUGGUGACCGUGUUCUUGAUGUUGCAGAAUUUGAGAGUAAUUGUGAAGAGAAAUCUGUGAACAUCCGCGAAUGGGUGUCCUUUAUAAUACAGCUAUGUGAGUUUAUGCAAGUUUUUUUUAUAUUCUUUUCAUCUGUUGCAAUGUAAAUCAUAUGUUAUUUUUUGUGAUAUAUUUCCUCUUGUUUGUGAGGCUCCUGAGUGUAAGAGUUUUGGGAGUAAUUGUGAAAUCUGUGAACAUCUGUGAAUCUGUCUCUUAUAAUACAGAGAAAAGAUUA